GUCGGCGGAGGAUGGCUAAUUCGAAUGUUCGCUAGAGCGGCGUUUAAGGCAAUGGCGGCGCUGCCUUUCGGGCGUUAAGGCUCACUCUUCGCUUCCUUUUCCCCGAUAGUAGCGUUGGAGCUUUUACUCUGCGAUGGCCUGCAAGCUCCAAAAGUUGUUUUCUGUGGAGGCUGAAUUUGAAGAUGAGGAUUUCUUAAUGGCUGUGAGUGAUGUGGAGAAGCAGACUCUAGACACAACAUCUGCUAAUUUAAGAGGUCUGAGACCCCUAUCUGCAGGGUUAAGAGCUCCUGGCAAUGCCUUCAUGCCAAUCAAGGAUCCAGGCACCCGUAGCUUUUCAGAGACUAUGCCACCUAUUUCACAGGUACAAAACUGCUCCAGACUUCAAUUUGGAGAUGGUAGCUGCACUACUGAGACAAAAAACAAUCAUAUGCUUCCCCUGAUAAACAACUUCAAGGUUCAAAAGGACCCAACAGGCUUAUUAGCCAAGUGUGAAUCAGGUAGCACUUCAGGCAAGAGAUUUAAAUUUGUGAACAGGCCUCCAGCUAUAUUUCCCUCUGGGACUUCCCCCAGGGAUGAUAUUGACAAUGAACUUGUAUUGGCUUCAUGCAUGGAUUUAGAAGAAUCUAGUAUGUAUCCAGAGUCUUUCAGAUCUGAUUGUGGUUCCCAGAAGCCGAUGAGAGACAAUGACUUAGAAACAGUCAAGAAACGACAAGUCACAAACACAAUGACACCAAUGAAUCCUGUUGGAUUGGAUACUUCACAAAUGACAAAAACUCGAAAAGAAUUUGUGGAUGAGGUCGUCAGCCAUCUACAGCCAACGGGAGUUUCUUCAGAGUCAAAUCUGAGGCCUACCUCCAUGGAUUCUGGUUUUCCCCAGGCUAACUUAGGAAUGAGCAACAGUAUUGUCUCCCUUUCAAAUUCCAGUAUUCAGAUGAUAAAGCCUGCUCAAUCUUCUUUGGAUAAAUCCACUUCUGAGUGCAGCAGUCCUUCCUUGCCACUGAUUAGACCCUCUUCUCCCUUUAUUUCAACAAGUACACCUUCAAGGCUGCCCAAAUCACGCAUAUUUAGCUCCAGCUGCUCUGACUCGAGAAUGGCCAAUAGUGGUGGUCAACUCCAUAUCACAUAUGGUCCUUCAGUGGCAACUGUGGGAAUCCCUCCUGUCAUCCCUAAAGCCCCAAGUUUAGUUGCAGGUUCUGGAAAGCCUCAGACUCCUGUUCUCACCAAUCAUCUUGUCCGUUUGGUCACAGCAGCCAGCAAGACACCUCAGUCAAUGGCUCAUGUUUCUUUGCGAACUAAGACUCGUCGCUUCCCAGGACCAGCAGGCAUUCUGCCUCAACAAGUAAGAGAACACUCAGGAGACACACCUAAUGGGAAAAACCUGGAUGAGAUUCUCAUUGCAACUCCCCAUAUGCCAACUCACGGAGCUGUAGCAAAAUUACGAACUGAGGAAAUGUCCAUUUCCCAGCAAACAAUAGAAGAAGAAUUUGAAACAGGCCCAUGGGUUGCCAUGAAAAAUGAAUUGGAUUUGGAUGAAGGAGAUCCAUCCUGUUUUCUUCAGAUGUACAGCAUUUCUAUGGUACUUCGUAAGGCAGCUCUGAAGCAACUCCCAAAGAACAAGGUUCCAAACAUGGCAGUAAUGAUUAAAUCAUUGAUGAGGACUAACGUUGAUGCAGGUGCUGAAUUCAAGGACCCUACUGGUGAAAUGCAGGGCACAAUACAUCGUUUGUUGCUGGAAGAAAAAGAAAGUGAAUUUAAAACUGGUUCAGUGCUUCUGCUAAAACAGGUGAGCGUGUUCUCUCCAUCCCAUCGUAAUCACUAUCUCAAUGUCACACCCAGUAACUUAAUGAAAGUAUAUUCACCUGGUUUCAACAGUGGAAAUCAGCUUCAGCCAUACCAAGAGAUUUGGGAAACAAGUGAGACUGUGAUACCACAGAAGGAUCCUCCCGUAAGUGCUAUGAUUGUAAUGGCCACUAUGGAUAACAAGAAUAUGGAAGGAUGUGAGAGAAAUAAGAAGAGAUGUCAUCAAGUAUUAGCAUCAAAUGAAAGUCCAGCAUUAUUACAAGAGUCAGGAAAUUGUGGAGUAGGCAAAUCUGCUGAGAGAGCUGACUUGGAUGAUCUGGACCAGCUUCUUGGUGAACUCCCUGAUGAUUUUUUCUCCAGUUUGGAAGAACAGAACACUUUAUGACAGCUCACUAAUCCUAAAAGAUCUUGCUGGGUAGGAUCAUGGACAUAUUCCUGUGUUCAUGAGUCCUUUUGUACCAUGAGAUAGACUUCCUUGCAGGGGCACUUUCUAAUCGCUAAAAAAUCCUCUUUAUAAAUUAGAUGUAAGCUGUCCUUUAUGGGGUUAGACAGAAAAUAGAUUGAGUAGCAAGAUGGUUGGUUGUUAAGCUAACGUUCCUCCUGUGUGUGGGAAGACUUGACUGGUUUUUGGCAGAGAUGCUAUAUUUUUGCACACUAGUACUGAGACCCUGCACCACACCUUAUUACAAACUUGCUUCUUCAGAAAAUAAAUUUUGCCAGGCUAUUGGAAUGACCUACAAUGACUUUUUAAGUUAACAAGUAACUGUUACUCCAUCUGGUUUGAAAUUGCCUUAGGUAUGUAUUGAAUGUUUACUGUGGUGCUUUGUUAUACACUGUUUCAGGCAUAACAAACUGUCUUCUAACUGGUCUUCCAAAACAAUAAAAACACUUAUGUUAACUGAUACUGUCUGAAAAAUAAAUGUGAAAAAUAUA